AUGGGCCCCUAUAUACCGCCUCCUCAUGCUGCUGCCAGGCCCCUAAUCUGCCAUGGGCCCCUAUAUACCGCCUCCUCAUGCUGCUGCCAGGCCCCUAAUCUGCCAUGGGCCCCUAUAUACCGCCUCCUCAUGCUGCUGCCAAGUCCAGAGUCUCUCAUGGGUCCCUGUACGGCCUCCCAUUGCUGCUGUCUCCAUCGCCACACUCUGCCAUGUGCCACUUUCAGGUCUCCUCACACUGCUGGUGUGUGUUUUGAAUUUUUUGACAUAGGGUGCUGGCAGAUUACGGGCCUCCUAUAGCUGCUGCCAGGCCCCUAAUCUGCCAUAGGCCUCUAUAUACCGCCUCCUCAUGCUGCUGCCAAGUCCAGAGUCUGUCAUGGGUCCCUGUACGGCCUCCCAUUGCUGCUGUCCCAUCGCCACACUCUGCCAUGUGCCACUUUCAGGUCUCCUCACACUGCUGGUGUGUUGAAUUUUUUGACAUAGGGUGCUG